AUGGAAAUUAAUUGUGAAGGACCGAAUAUUCCUCAAAUUUAUGUGGAUUAUAACGCUACCACGCCAUUGGAACCAGAUGUUGUGGCUGCCGUAAACGAGGGGCUAUAUUUGUGGGCGAACCCUUCAAGCAACCAUCCACUAUCUAGCAAAGCGGCUGAAGAAAUUGAUGUUGCACGAACCCAUAUUGCAACCCUUCUCAAUGUAGAAAAACAUGAAGUAAUAUUCACAUCUGGAGGAACUGAGUCGAAUAAUUGGAUUAUUCAUUCAGCUGUUUCCAAGUAUAUUGAGGGCAAUCCAUCAAAGAUCCCUCAUGUUAUUUGUAGCGCUAUUGAGCAUCCGUCCAUUUUGAACAAAUUACAUGAUCUCGUUAACCAUAAAAUCAUAGAGCUUUCUGAAUGCGAUAUCAGUUUGGAAACUGGGGUAAUAGAUCUCGACUGUUUCGAGCAGCUACUCCGCGAUAAUACAUGUCUUGUAACAGUUAUGCUCGCAAAUAAUGAGACUGGUGUAAUCCAACCUAUUCGAGGAAUUUCUGAUAUUCUCAAGAAAAAUGAGGCCAAACUCGGUGGCGCUUGUUUCUUCCACACUGAUGCAUCACAAGCGAUUGGAAAAAUGAAAGUUGAUCUCGUAGAGCUCGGUGCUGAUGCUCUUACCGUAGUUGGACACAAGUUCUAUGGUCCAAGAAAUGGUGCACUGAUUGUUCGAGAACCUUGGAAGUCUUUAUAUUUGAAACCCCUACUGUUUGGAGGAAAUCAAGAGUUUGGAUUCAGAUCUGGUACUGAGAACACCCCGAUGAUCAUGGGUUUGGGAGCAGCUGCUAAGCUGUCAUAUCAGAACAUUGAUAUGUACAAUCAUCACUUGCUGGAUGUCCGAGACUAUUUUGAAGAAAGACUUAACGUUGAAUUACCUAAUAAUUAUGUUGUCAACUUCAAAACCUCUCCCCGUCUACCUAAUACCAGCAGCGUAUCUUUCCAUAACUAUCCGGGUAAUGCAUGUGAACUUCUAGAAAGCUGCAAGGCUUUUCUUGCCAGUACUGGAGCUGCUUGUCACACUGGUGCAGUCAGCGCCAUUCUCACAAGCUGCGGAGUGGCCUAUGAGAUAUCUUCAAGAACCAUUCGUUUCAGCUUCGGACGUGAAUCAACUAAAGCAGAUGUUGCCACAAUUAUCGCAGAGCUGAAGCAAGUUCUUAUGAACUGUGAAUGUUAA